AUGGGGAUCAUGGCGCCGCCGGCGGCGUCCAGCGGCGUCGGCUUGUACGUCAAGUCCAGGGCGCCCGGAUCUCACCUUCUCCAGAUCGACGGCUACACGAUCGCUAAACACGCACCCAACGGCACCAGCUUCAAGUCCUGCCCUUUUACCGUGGGAGGCUACCGUUGGGCCAUUUACCUCUUCCCCAACGGCGACAGGCUGGACAGCGCCGACUUCAUCUCCGUCUUCCUCGCCCUCGACGAGCAUGUUAAAGGGCCCAUCAGGGUGGAUCUUGAGUUCAGCUUCAUGGACGAGGUCGAGAAGCAGGAUCCCGCGCACGUCCGCGCGAGGCAGGUAGUGGACCUGUAUGGCGGUUACGCCGUGGGCUACCGCAGGUUUAUCGCGAGGGAGGCCAUGGAGAACUCGAAGCAUCUCAAAGGCGACCGCUUCACUAUUCGGUGCGACCUCUUCGUCCUGAACCACGUCAUUAUCCGGGAGAACCUCCACGCGAGCGGGCUUAGAAGAUGCGAGGCUUGCAACCUCCGAGUGGCGACGAUGGGAGGGGGACCGCUCGUCCAUGCAUGUUUCUGCGAUGUCUGCAACGAUGGCUGCCUGCUAUGUGGUGCUUCAUCAAAGAGGAAGAGGCGGCGCCGGAGCAGGAUGAGGGGGCUAGAGGAGAAGGGAGAGGCGGAGGCGAUGGAAGAGGGGGAGGCGCAAAAGAAGGAUGAUGAGAGGGAGGUGCCGGACCAGUGCAUAUUUGGAAUGGAAGACGCACUAGAGAAGUUCGAGCUCACCUAUGCGAAGUAG